AAUGCGCAUGCGCGUACACGUCAGAAGAAGAGCUGAGUUGGAGGAUCAUGGCGGAGCGCAGGAGGCACAAGAAGCGGAUCCAGGAGGCGAGUGAGCCCACCAAGGAGGAGAAGGCGGUGGCCAAGUAUGUCCGGUUCAACUGCCCCACCAAGUCCACCAGCAUGAUCGGCCACCGGGUGGACUACUUUGUCGCCUCCAAGGCUGUGGACUGUCUGCUGGACUCCAAGUGGGCCAAGGCCAAGAAGGGCGAGGAGGCCCUGUUCACCACCCGAGAGUCGGUGGUCGACUACUGCAACCGACUCCUGAAGAAGCAGUUCUUCCACCGCGCUCUCAAAGUGAUGAAGAAGAAGCCGGAGAAGGAGAUCAAGAAAGAGAAGGAGAAGGAGAAGGAGAAGGAGAAGGAGAAGGAGAAGGAGAAGGAGAAGACCAAGGGGGACAGCAGCAAGGAGGAGGAGAAAAAGGGGAAAAAAGACAAAGAGAAGAAGAAGGACUCUGAUGAGGCUAAGAAGGAGAAGGGCGACGACAGCCCCGGCUCCCCCAAGAAGAAGAAGGACGCGAAGAAGAAGUUUAAACUGGAGCCCCACGAGGACCAACUCUUCCUGGACGGAAACGAGGUGUUUGUGUGGAUUUACGACCCGGUCCACUUCAAGACCUUUGCUAUGGGGCUCAUCCUCGUCAUCGCGGUGAUCGCGGCCACGCUCUUCCCCCUGUGGCCGGCUGAGAUGCGCGUGGGUGUGUACUACCUGAGCGUGGCGGCGGGCUGCUUCGUGGCUAGCAUCCUGCUGCUGGCCGUCGCCCGCUGUAUCCUCUUCCUGCUCAUCUGGCUGGUGACGGGCGGCCGCCACCACUUCUGGUUCCUGCCCAACCUGACCGCCGACGUGGGCUUCAUCGACUCCUUCCGGCCGCUCUACACACACGAGUACAAGGGCCCCCGCUCCAAGAAGGCCUCCGACAAGGCAGACGGGGACGGAGACGGAGACGGCGAUGGGGACGGAGACGCGGACGCCGAUGCCGAUGCGGACGCCGCAGUCACGGACGCCAGCGCCCCGGUGACCUCCACCAACGCCACCAGCAGCAGCACCUCCAGCCCCGCCCCCGCCAAGACACACAAGUCAGACAGCGACGAGAAGGACGGCGAGGAGGAGGAAGAGGAGGAAGAGGAGGAGGAGGAGGAAGAGGAGGAUGAGAUGGUGAAGCCAGAGUGUCCGGAAGAGUCGGGGGAGGGGGAGGAAGAUGAUCCCGAGAACAAGGAGGCAGGCGUAUCGGGAGCGGCGGGAGCGGGAGCGGCGGCAGCGGUGGCGGCGGAGCGCCACUCGGACACGGAGAGCGAGAGGCGCGAGGAGGACGGCUCGCAGCACAGCAACGGGAACGACUUUGAGAUGAUCACCAGGGAGGAGCUGGAGCAGCACACGGAGGAGGAGGAGGAGGAGGAGGAAGAGGAGCAGGAGGAGGAGGAGAAAGAGGCAGAGGAGCGAGGAGGCGCGGAGACGAAGCCUCCCGGCUGUUAAAACUAUAUACUCUAUUCUCUUCAUCACCAGUCCUCUCUCUCUUUACCUCUCUGUGUCCCUCUGUCUCUGUCCCUUCCUUCGGGGCGGUAUCCCCAGGACCGUCCUGCCCCCCCCCCCCCCUGCUGAACACAACCGGUCUCUCCGUAUCUCUCUUUCUGUCUCUCUGUACCUUCUAAGACCACCUUCUUCCACUAGACAUGCGACCAUACAGACCAGGUUUGAGCGAGGUUGGUGUUGGGGGGCGAGGACCACAACGGUGUUAAGGUGGAGCGACGAUGACAAUGGGGGGGGGGGGGGGAUGAAAGAUGAAAGAAAACGAGUCGAAUAAGGCCCACACAACGGGAGCCUCUUGGUAGAAACCCAAAUCUUCACCGUCUUCUGCCUCUGGAAGGGAGGAGGGGGGGGGGAAACUGCCAUGUUUUUGUUGCCUGAGGAAUGAACCUGUCUCCCUGAUCACUCCCCCUCCCCCGCCCACCGCCCAAAGGCCACUUCCUGCCUCCUACAUCACUUUAAACGGUUAAUGUUCCCGCCUCGCUUUGGUUGGCGCUGCCUUGAGCGGCGUGCCCUCUGGUGUGUUUGAACCAUGUCGUCCGGUUCCUGAUCUACGGAGACGCGCUGCCUGCUCCCUGCUCCCUCCUUCCUGUCGGUCAGUCCCAGUGUUCCUCAGGCAACACUUGAGCCGAGAGCGGACCAAUAGAAACGUCUGUUUAAACUAAUCUGAACCGGACCAAAUCAGCCUGCUUUCCUCUCCACCCGAUCUCCUGCCCAAUACCGGGACCCGAUCGCCCACCCACGUACCAGGACCUGAACCGCUUCCCCUACCCCGUACCGGGACUAGGUCCCAACCCCCCCCCACCCCUAUACCAGGACCCGAUCCCCCAACCGAGUGGGGGAGGCCCUUUGUGUCUCUGAAGGUGCUGAGAUGAAUGAGGAGACUCAGCGGGCCCUCUCUGUAAGGGACUCAGUCCAACAUGGCGUCCACCUUUUGAUGCAGCUCCAUCCCUUUUUUUUUUUUGGAAACUGUGCAGAUUAGACGCGAUUUCCUUUGAUUUCUGUUGUCAGUUAAUUGUUGUCCUACAUAAUUGUCAAUAUUCCGAUUUACAACCGGGGGGAAAAUAAAAGAAUUAUGCCGUCAAAAUCUAGUGCCAAAUGAACAUAGUACACCUUGGUAUAAUGUUACUAUGCAUGUUAAGCUCAAAGGAUGCAUUACGGAAAAACUUUUUCGUUGGGUAACACUUAAAAAAUGCCACAUCCUAAACCUUUUUGUUUUUCUUUUUAAGCCCAGCAAAGGGUCCUAAUAUAUUCAGUUUGAUCUGAAAGACACAAAUCAAACGUGUCUGGACUGAUUUCACGAGUUAUCCCACGCCAACCGAUCCAUGAGUCCAGUGUCCUCUUUCUAGCUCAGGUGUGGAGAGGGGUGGGGCCUGAGGAGGCGUGGCUUUCUCUUCAGCCCCUCCCCCUGGCUGUAGUCUCCACUUGCCACCUACCACCUGAAAUGACCACGUCAUCCAUUUGAGAACCAAUGAGGCGCCCAGUGGUGUUUAGGAGGCGGGGCUACACCUGUGGAUCCAGGGUCUGCCACCACUUCCUGUGCUGGCGUCAUCUUCUGGCGAGGAUUGCUGCAUUUGUUUUAGUUUUUACUCACAGCGAGGAUAAUAUUUAAUUAUAUAUAUAUAUAUAAAAGAAUUGUAUCAUUUCUAAAUGGAUUUUAUUGAUAUUAUAUAUAUAUAUAUAUAUAUAUAUAUAUAUAUAUAUAUAUAUAUAUACACACACCUGCAUUCAGUCCGAGACAUGGUGAAACAGUUUGUUCAUUUUGAACAGUAAUAUCGUCAGUAACAGGAAUUGGUUUGGUUUAGUUUACUUGCUUCUGAUGUUUGAGUUCCUCCCCAGUAGCAAGCUAAUUGGCCAAUGAAGGGAUCCUCACAAGGGGCUUAAUUGUCGGAUUGUCGUCACUGUUAUUCUGAUGCUGUAACGUUGAAUGUCACUAAACAUUAAUGUCAGUGGUAUCAGAGUCGUCGCGUCGUUCGAUACUGUACAGCAAUGCUACGCGUGCCUCCCUCGCCGAACUAGUGAAUCAUUAAUGGGCAGAUUGGGCAACCAGUCGCUUGCAUUAUGUUGACCAACAUCUGCAGCUCCCCCCCCCAUGACAAUAUUGCAUAACGUGGCGAGUGCUUAUGAAAAAUGUGCGCGUGCGUGUCUAGACUCUUUAUGCGUAGAAACUCCAGACUUGUGAUCAUUUGAAUGUCCAGAAGUGAAAUCAACCCCCUUACUUGCUUGACUUGUCAUUUUGUUUCUUUGUUUCCUCCCUCACUUUGAACGAACAUUGGAACACUCUGUAGGAACUCCACAGCCUCAAUUUCUCUCAAAACGCUCGGGAACCUCUUUUUUCAAGCCGAUCCGCUCUUCACUUAUUCUUAUAUCUUUGUUUGUUUGUUUCUUUUCGUUCUCGUUUUAGUUUUCAUGUCUCUCUUCUUUCUGUGUCGCGGUCUUCUGGAAGAACCGUGCCAGUAGUAGCAGCACUCUGAUGGUGUCGGAGCGUUCCAUAGACACACAAGCUAAUCUGUCCCUGAGUGUCGGUCUGUUGUGUGUUGUAUUACUCUAUUCUUCUGCUGCUGCUGCUGCUUCGCAUCGUGUCGCUUUCUGAACAUGUACAGACCCUUCCUGUUGGAUCUCUGGUCGGGAAAACAACAGUUUCUCACCCACUUAGUGGUUUUGGAUCGACGUCAUUUCCCACCCAAGACUGUCUCAUGCAAUAUUAUGAGUAAUUUAAUUGGAUGUCUUGAAAUAUAUCUAUAUCUUAUCAUUGCAAUAAAAAUCUAGAAAGCAGCAGUGUCUUCUGAUCAUUGACUGUUGGGAGUGAUGGAAGGAGAUAUGUUGAGUUGUUGAUUUAGAUUAUCACUGUUUUUACCACCACCAAUUAACUGAUAAUUGAUUAAUUGUAAAGCUGAGGUGUUAGACACGCACACACAUCAAAGUUGUGGUCCCAGUUUUUUCAGACUGCCGCCCACUAAUUGCUGACCAUUCAGGGCAUAUCCUGCCUAAUUAGUUGAGGAAAGUUGCUGGUCAAUUAAAGUUGUAAUAUUCAACACCUCAAUUGCGGUGAAUCAAGUCAAUAACUAACCUUGUACCUAAACGACACAAAUCAUACCAUUUCAAACGUUAAUUACUUUAUCCUAAAUAUCGUAUGCAAAAAUGUUUGAAGAGAUAUGGAUAAAUACAUGACCUGGACUAAAACAGGUUAAUCCGUUAAUAUAUUCCAGUGACAUUAAACAAUUCCCGAGAUAAGAAUGACCAUACAUUAUAUGUAAUUUUUUAUUUCAUUCAUUGUCUGAACCUGCAGCCAAACUUUUACUCAUCCCUUGCAUUAUUGGAUAAAGGUUUACCCAGGAUGUCUGAAAACCUUAAAACUAAUAGCAAAGAUGUAACAGUGCACACAUUUGUAGGUGAAAAACAACAUUAAGUUGAGGUGCAUAUGAGAAGUCAUGCAAGGUUGUCUUUGGUAUGUGUUGGUAGCUCUGAAGUCCCACAUGAGGUUUGGUGGCCCCAAUGUUUCCAAUAAAUAAACAUAUUUUACAAAACACUUUAAACAAUAAUCCAUCUCUUUCAUCACAC